AGGGACCGAUGCACCGGUCAUAUAUCCCUGUCGUGCCACCCACACUCCCUUUCAUUAAAUCCACAAGUCUGAUAUCCAGACCACGAAAGCCAAGCCCAAGCAAUGACCGUCUCUACUCAAGUAGCUGGCUUUCAUCUAGCCGACGGCAAAGGGUACACCCUGGGCCACGAUUCCUUGGCCAUGUGCCGCCUGAACCUGCAGAUCUUCCUCUGGAGGGCCUCACUUGGAUUCACCCUGCACCCCUCGAUCCCCCUCCCCACCACCGGACGGAUUGCCGACCUGGCCACGGGCACGGCGCUGUGGUUGACGGAGUUAGCGCAGGCUCUGCCCGCCGACGCCAACGUGCAGCUGGACGGGCUGGACCUGGAUCUCAGCAAAGCGCCGCCCCACCCUUGGCUGCCGGCCAACGUGCACCUGCACCAAGCCGACAUUCUGGCCCCAUUGCCGGACCCUCUGGUCGGGCAGUACGAGGUGGUGCACCUCCGCCUGCUCAUCCUGGUGGUGGAGAACAGCGAUCCCACCCCGAUCAUCCGCUACGCCCACCGCAUGCUCAAACCCGGCGGUUAUAUCCAGUGGGACGAUCUCAACUACCCGGACACCCACGUCACUCGUAUCGAUCCAACGUCUCCAACGCCCGCCUUCGACCGCCUGCGCGAGUUCGUCUAUUCCAAGGGCCGCCACGACUGGGUUAUGUGCCUGGACAAGAUCCUCACCCGCGAGGGCUUUGUCGGCGCCUGCAUGCACCACUUCACUGACCGCAGGGACUUGAUCAUGGCCAACGGCCACCAACAUCUGAUGACGAUGCUGGAGUUUGCUGGGACCCUCAGGGCUAAGGGUUUGGAGCUGGAGGCCCGUGAUCUGGACGUACUUUUGGCCGAGGUCAGCACCGAGGCUGCUCGGGGCGCUGCUCUUUCGAUGCCUCGUGUGGUCUGUGUCGCACGCAAACCAUGAAGUGUGACAACUUAAAGACUAUACUGACUGUGUGUGGCAGAAGAAACUUGUGUAUUUUACUAAGAUUAAUAAAAGAAAAAUCAUUUACUCUUAGAAAGUCGCAUUAUAAUUACAUAUCCUCA